UUAGCAGGUUAAGUAAUGACACUUCGACGUGCACUGAAAAACAAUCCAGCGCUGAGAUGCCUAGCUAUCCUUUUCUGCCAUAUUAAUGUUUGUUCUUUUGGUUCAGUCUCUUCCAAAUCCCCUCCAUCAACUGGUAACAGAAGCAGGACAACUUCAUUUACCGAUCAGAAUGAUGAAGGCACUGCAACACCAGACAAAGAGCUGUUAGCCGGAAUGAUAGCAGAACCUGCUUUUCUCUCUGAGUAUACUAUCUUUGCUUUGGAUCCCACCAAACAACCUAAGCCACAGAGUGACAGUGUGAAUUUAACUAAACAACCACUUCCUGGAUCCACAGAAAACAAUGAAUAUGAACCUGUCUCCCCACAGCGAAGUGACAGUCAUUCUUUUGCCCAGAGGCUUCAGCUUCGAGUUCCCUCCGUGGAGUCUUUGUUUCGAAUCCCUGUAAAAGAGACCCUAUUCUCCUCUUCUUCUAAGGAGUCCCUAGUACGAAGUUCUUCAAGAGACUCACUGAAUCGACUAGACUUGGAAGCCCUCAGUCCCACCUUUGAUCCACCUUCUGACAUAGAGAGUGAAACAGAAGAGCCUCUGGGAAAUGUGGACAGCUUCAGCAAAGAGCAGUUGCUGCAGCGUCUGCGUAGAAUGGAGCGCAGUUUGGGCAACUAUAGGGGAAAAUACUCAGAGCUAGUGUCUGCUUAUCAAGUUAUCCAGCGGGAAAAGAAGAAGCUGCAGAGCAUUCUGAGUCAAAGUCAGGAUAAAGCACUUCGCAGAAUUGGAGAAUUGAGAGAGGAGCUCCAGAUGGAUCAACAAGCUAAGAAACAUCUCCAAGAGGAAUUUGAUGCUUCCUUAGAAGAAAAGGAUCAACUUAUUAGUGUCCUGCAAACUCAAGUGUUGUUGCUGAAACAGAGAUUACAGAAUCAUCAGAUAGGCACUGAAUUGCCUGAUCAAAAUGUGCAGUCAGAACCAGAAGUUCAAAGUCUGACAAAAGAAGUCAGUGCAGAAAAUAUUUUGGAACCAGGAAGCAAUGAGGGUGAUGAAGAUCCUGUUAAAACAAUGGAAACUCUUAAUCAGAGGGUGAAGCGCCAAGAGAACUUGCUACAACGUUGGAAGGAAAUUAUUAGGUCACAUAAGGAGCGCUGUGCACAAUUAACCAAUGAGAAAGAUGCACUUCAAGAACAGUUAGAAGAGAGGCUUCAGGAACUGGAAAAAAUGAAGGACCUUCACAUGGCUGAGAAGACUAAACUGAUUACCCAGCUACGUGAUGCAAAGAAUUUGAUUGAACAGCUAGAACAAGACAAGGGCAUGGUAAUUGCGGAGACAAAGCGACAAAUGCAUGAAACACUGGAAAUGAAGGAGGAGGAGAUAGCCCAGCUGCGUGCUCGAAUCAAACAAAUAACUACAAAAGGCGAGGAAUUAAAAGAACUGAAAGAAAAGUCUGAAAGAGCUGCUUUUGAAGAGCUUGAGAAGGCUCUAAGUAUUGCACAAAAGACAGAGGAAGCCCGGAAAAAACUGCAGAUAGAAAUGGAUGAAAAAGUUAAAGCAGUGGAAAAGGCAAGUGAAGAAGAGAGAGUGAAUCUUCAACGGGAAUUAACCAGAGUGAAACAAGAGGUGGUUGAGAUUAUGAAGAAGUCUUCAGAGGAACGAGUUGCUGAACUAGAAAAAACCCAUAAAAAAGAACUGGCUACCAAAGAUCAGGAGCUAAAUGAAAGGUUACAGGCACAAGAAAAGGUGUUCCAGGAGAAGAUGAAAGCAGCUCUUGAAAAAAAUCAGAGUGAGUGCUUAAAAGCCCUUAAAGAGCAAGAGCUGCAAGAAUCCUUGGCCUUAGAAGAAUUAGAGCUGCAGAAGAAAGCCAUACAGUCUGAGUGUGACAAGAAAGUUCAGAAGAUGCAUCAAGAAGUAGAGACUUGUAAAACUAGGAUUCUUGAACUGGAAAGCUCUCUUGCAAAGUAUUCGCAAGAUGACAGAAAGCAGUUAGAGGAAUUAAGUACUCUCAUAGAGUCUGAAAAAAAGCAGCACAGUAAGGAAAUCAAUGAUAUGGUUGAAAAACACAAUAAAGAAUUGGAGAAUGUGAAACAGCAGCAAGAAAAGCUUUGGACAGAAAAACUUGAAACUUUAAAGCAACAACAAAUAACUGAAAUAGCAAAAAUACGAGAGAGAGAACAAGAGAUACAUACAAUUUUGAAAGAGAAAGAAACAGUUCUCUGUGCAAUCAUAGAAGAGAGGAAUGAAAAAACAUUAGAAAAACUUGAUGUGAAACAAACAGAAUUAGAAGCACUGUCUUCUGAGCUAUCAGAAGCACUAAAAAUACGUCAUGAUUUAGAAAAAGAGCUCUCAGAAUUGAAUAGUAAAGUGUGUGAAACAAAGCAAGAAUUGGAAGGAAAGUUGGAAGAAGAGAGGAAACGGCACAAUGAAAUGAUUGAAACUAUGUUAAAAGAGCAUGAAAUGUCUAUUCAAGGUGUUGAGAAGUUACUCAAAGAGGAACUCAACAAGCUCAAGCAGUCACUGGAGGAGAAAGACAGACAUUUGGAGGAGUUGAAAGCACGUGAACAAAAACUAAAAGAAUCUGCAGAAAGAUCUGAAGCUGAACUUGUCCAAGUGUCUGCAAAACUGGAGGAGCAAAGCAGUGAAAAUACAAGGAAAGUAAUCUCUCUAACACAGCAAUAUGAAUGUCAACUGAAGGAUCUACAAAGAAAGGCUGAUGAGACGAAGAGAAGUCUGACUGAGAAGGAAAAUGAAAUUGAGCACAUGAAGAAGUUACAGAACAAGCAAGAGGAAGAGCUUAAACAGAAACUGUUAGCUGCAGAGGAGAGAAUUACAGCUUUGCGAGGAGAGUAUGAAAGUAAACUGAAAUGUCAGGAAAAGAAAGUGGAGAAAAUGAAACAAAAAUCAAAAGAUAUGCAGGAAGCUUUCAAAAAUAAACUUGCUGAGCAGGAAGCUAAACUUAAAAAAGAGCUUGAAAACAAGCAGUUGGAGUUCAGUCAGAAAGAGAGUGAAUUCAAUACUAGAAUUUUGGAAAUGGCACAUGCCAGCUCAUCUGGAAUCAAUGAUACUGUAUCAAAACUGGAAUCUAAUCGGAAAGAGCAACUAGCCAGUCUUGCUGAGGAUCAUAGGAAGAAAUUGGAAGAAGUCAUCCAAAGUUGGGAAAAGAAACUUAAUCAGCAGAUUGAAGAGCUCAAGGAAAAGCAUGAUAUGGAAUUGCAAGAGAAAGAGCAGGAAGUUGGAGAUCUGAAACAGAAGCUUUCCACCUUUAGUUCUGAAAAGGAGGACUCCAGAACAGAAAUAACCCAGCUGAAGGAAGAACAAAUGAAAAGGGAUGAAUGUCUAAAGGAAUUGCAAGAACAGCUAAGGCAGUCAGUGGCUAAGGUGAAUACUUUAUCAGAUAAGGAAAUUGACCUGAAAACACAGCUCAAAAAACUGGAAAGUGAUCUUAAACAGUCCCUGAAAGAACAGAAAGGACUUCAGGGACAGCUCAGUAAACAAAAAGAAGUUGAAGAAAAGGACAAAGCCACAAUUACUGAGCUGGCUGAUACACUGAAAAGCCUUGAAGAGAAACUCCAAACAGUGCAAUCUUCUCAGUAUAAAGAUCAUGAAAAUUUUGAGAAAAAAAUAGAGGCAAUUCGGCUAAAGGAAGCUGAGUUUAAAAAGUUGCCAGGAGAACUUAGAGCUCAGUUAGAUGCUUGGAAGAAUGCUGAAGCUUCAUUACAAACUAAAGGCAAUGAACUAAUUGAAAAAUGUAGUGAAAAAAUUGGCAUACUAAUACGUAAAAUUACAGACUGUGAGCACCAAAUUGCAAAAGUUAAAGAAGCAAUAUUAAUCAAAACAAGUAAAAUAACUGAACUAGAAGCUCAACUUAGAGAAAUAACAGAGCAUCAUUCUGCUGCUACUACUUCUUUGCAAAAGUCAAUGCAAGAGCUGCAAGAGAAGGGCAAUUUAAUAAUGUCUAUGAGAGCUGACAUUGAAGGACUUGUAACAGAAAAGGAGCAAUUGCAAAAAGAGGGAGGGCAUCAGCAGCAAGCAGCAUCAGAGAAGGAAACUUGCAUAACACAGCUGAGGAAAGAGUUAUCUGAAAAUAUCAAUGCUGUCACAUCAAUGAGGGAAGAACUCCAGGAAAAACAAUCUGAAGUGUCUGCUCUAAACAAAACAGUUAAUGACCUUAAUGUUAGACUUGAAAGCACAGUAAGUUUAAUCGAGAAGGAAGCAGCCAUGUCUCUGUUAAGCAAGCAACAUCAGGACGAUCAGUUGCAGUUGUUAAAUCAAGUAGAAGAGUUAGCAUCCAGAGUUGAGAUGCCGAGUCAAGAAAAAGCAUCAGCUCUUGAUCAGGUCCAUCAUUGCACAGCCCAGCUGUCAGAGUGGAAGAUGAAAGCACAAACCAGGUUUACACAAAAUCAUGAUACUAUCAAAGAUUUGCAGAGCAAACUUGAGUUAAGCAAUACUGAAGCAAAUAAAAAAGAUGAAGAGCUAAACAAACUGAAGGAACAGCUGGCUAAACAAAGCAAGAACCUUGAUAGUUUAAAAAAUGAAUUGGAACAAAAGCAAAACAGGAGGGAAAAGGAAGAAAGUGAGUUAACCUCAAAGUUAAAAAAACAAGCAGCAAAAAUUGCUGAAUUGGAAAAACACAUUGCUCAGAAAACUUUAGAAAAUGAUUGCUUAGUGGAGGAACUUAAAAAGUGUAAUGAACAAAAAGACACAGAGAAAAAAGAGAUAGUUCAGCAACUCCAUCAAGCAGAGAAGGUGGCUUUUGAAAAGGAAAAUAGAUUUAGGAAGGCUGAAGAAAAAGUGCUUAAUCUUGAGAAGCAGAUAGGUUCACUGAAAGCUGAUUUUGAAGCGAAGGAGAAGGAAUUUGAUCAAAUGAAGUCAGUGAUACUUAAAAGGAAAGAGGAAGAGCUGAAAGAAUUAGAAGAGAGACUGAAUGUAGAGAACAGCACUAAGUUGGCCGAUCUGAAAAAGAAGGCAGAGCAAAAAAUAGGUUCCAUUAGAAAGCAAUUACUGUCUCAGAUGGAAGAAAAGGAACAGCAAUUUAAGCAAAAUAGAGAGGAUCAGUUAAGAGAGUUGGAGCAGAAAGUACAGGAGAGAGAAGCCAAAAUUGACUCCUUAGAAAAAAAAAUUAAGUCAAUAAGAGAUUCCACAGAAUUAGAGAAGGAAGUGCUGGAAAAAGUAGAGAGUGUAAAAGCUGCUGUAGAACAAGAAAAAAAUAGUUUGCUUGAGAGUGUAAAACAGACAUAUAAAGAGAAAAUGCAAGUGUUACAGAAGGGCUUAACUGAAAAAGAUGCAUUAUUGCAGAAGUAUGAGAAGGAACAACGAGAAAGUAAUGACUCUCAUCUAGAACUGCAAAAUAAACAGAAAGAACUCCUUAAAAAACUAGAAUGUGUUGAGAAGAGCCAUCAGGAAGAGCAAGUUAGGAGCCAAAGCCUCAGGAAAGAACUUGAGGAGCAAAGCAAAAAAUAUUCAUUGUUAGCAGAUGAGCAUGCCUGUUGUGAUGGUGUUUUAGCAAGCAGUAGGGAAGAACUGAAAGUUAAAGAACAAAAACAUAUUGAUAUGGAGAAUAUAAUUGGAGAUUUACAGAAAAAAUUGCAGGAAAAGGAGGCAGUCACUCAGUCUUUAGAACAGAAGAUAAAAGAAUUAGAAAACAGUAUAGCAGAGAAAAAUGAAGUGCAUAAGAUUGAAAUGGAAGAUACAAGUUUAAGAUAUGAAGAUAAGCUAAAAUGUCUACAGCAAAAGUUGGAUGAAAGAAAUGACAGUCUUAAAGCUUUUGAGGAAAAUGCUGACGAAAAGACUAGAUCUGUUUUGGAGCUGCAUGAGUCAGUAGUUGAUAUGCAGAACCAGCAGAAAGACUUACAGACUAAACUGGAAGAGACUGAAAGGGAGAAACAAAAACUACGCAAAGAGGUGAAAAAUCUUCAAAAAGACAUACGAACUCUGCGAAAAGACCAUCAGCWAGAGCUUGACUUAGUAAAGAAGGAGUCCUUAGAAGAAAUGGAGCAGAAAAUCAGAUGUGAACAAGAAGACAUUGAGUUGAAGCACAACUUCACCUUAAAGCAGUUAAUAAGAGAGUUCAAUACUCAACUGGCUCAAAAAGAGAGAGAAUUGGAAACAACAGUAAAAGAGACAAUCAGUAAAGCCCAAGAGGUAGAAAAUGAAUUGAUAAAAAACCAUCACAUAGAGACAACACAGUUGCAUAAAAAAAUUGUUGAAAAAGAUGAAGAUCUGAAAAGAACUGUGAAAAAAUAUGAAGAAAUCCUUGAGUCUCGUGAAGAAGAGAUGACAGCAAAAGUUCAUAAGUUGCAGGCACAGCUGGAAGACUUGCAAAAGGAAUACAAACAAAGGAUUGUAGAAGAGGAACAUUGCAACAGUGAAAAAGAAAUGGAAAACCUGACUACCCUGGACAAAGAGAAGGCUGAGGUUCUCAAUGACUCUGUGUCUCUGUCUUCAAUGGCAAGUGCUCCAGCCACACUACCCAAGUCAAAGGCAGAUGCAGGGACUCGGAGAAGGAAGACCCCGAACGCACUGCAGGAGAGGAUCAGGUUUGAGACCAUCUGAUGAACCUGAACGUGCAGAAGUCCAUGGGACCCAAUGAGGUUCAUCUGUGGAUCCUGAGGGAGCUGAAGUUCCUGAGCCACUGUCCAUCAGUUUUGAAAAAUAGUGUCAAUCAGGUGAAGUCUCUGAUGACUGGAAAAUGAGAAUUAAAACCUCAAUUUUUGAAAAGGAGAAAGUGGAAUACCUGGGCAUCUACAGCCUCACCUCUGUGCUAAGCAAAAAUCAUGGAGCAGAUUCUACUGGAAACUAUGCAAAGGAACAUAGGGGAAAAAAAAAAAGAAAAAAGAGGUGGUUGGUAACAGCCACAAUGGCUUUGCAAGGGGAAAAUCAUGCCUAACAAAUUUGGUGACCUUCUAUGAUGGGACUACAGAAUUGCUGAACAGGAGCAGAAUAACUAAUAACUGACAUGGUCUACCUAGACUUAAUGCAAAGUGUUUCACACUCCUGCACGAUAUCCUUGUCUCCAGCUUGGAGAGAMAGGAAUUUGAUGGAUGGAUCAUUCAGUAGAUAAAGAACUGUCUGGAUGGCCACACACAGAGUUUUGGUCAAUGGCUCAUUGUCCACGUGGAGACCAGUUAGAUGGUGAGGUUGCAGCAGUGAUAGAGAAGGAUGAUCGCCUCUUUUGACUGACAGAUGGUGAUGCUGUGUUUGAUGCGUUCGUGGGUUCUGUACUGGGGUGGAUAAUAUUCUACAUCUUUGUCAGUGACAUGGACAAUGGGACCUGUCGGUGUUGAGUGCACCGUCAGCAAGUCUAUUGACAACACCAAGCUCUGUGGUGAUGCAAUCAACACAGAGGAGGGAAGGGAUAAUGCCAUCCAGAGGGACCUCAACAGGCUUGAGAGGUGGGCUGAUGCAAACCUCAUGAAGAUCAAAAAAGCAAAAGUGCAAGGUCCUGCAGGGUUGGGUCAAUCCCAGACACACCAAUGGGUUGGGGGAAGAAGUAGUUGAGAGCAGCCCUGAGGAGAAAGAUUUAGGGGUGACAGGUGAUGAAAAACUUGAUGUGAGCCAGGAGUGUAUGCUCACAGCCCAGAAAGCCAAUCAAAUCCUGGGCUGCAUCACAAGAAGAGUAGCCAGCAGGUCAAAGGAGCUGAUUCUGCCCCUCUACUCUUUUUGUGUAGUGGAGUGCUGUAUUCAAAUCUUGUGUCCCCAACAUAAGGAGAACAUGGAGCUGUUGGAACAAGUCCAGAGGAGGGCUGCAAAGUUCAUAAGAGAGCUGGAGCAACCUCUGCUGUGAACACAGGUUGUGAAAGGCUGUUCAGCCGGGAGAAGAGAAGGUUGCAUGGAGACCUCAUGGAAAACUUCCAGUAUCUGAAGGGGGCCUACAGGAAAGCUGGAGAGGGACUUUUCAUCAGGAACUGUAGUGAUAGGACGAGGAUACAAAUUAGACAUUGGGAAGGAAUUUUUCACUUUGAGGGUAGUGAGACACUGAACAGGUUGCCCAGGGAGGUUGUGGAUGCCCCAACCCUGACAAUGUUCAAUGUCAGGUUGAAUAAGGCAUUAAGCAACCUGGUCUGCUGGGAGAUGUCCCUGCCUAUGGCAGGGACUGUUGAGACUAGAUGAUCUUUAGAGUCCAUUCCAACCUGUUUGCAUUCCAUGAUUCUAUGAUUCCUCAGUUCAUCCCAGAAGUGUAUCAGACAGAUUGACAAUGGUAGCAUAGAGUUGCAAGUAUUUAAAUGUUGCAAAUAUUAAAUCUCUGUAUAAAAGUGAAUAUGUUUACAAUAAACAAAAUGGACAGCUGGUUUUGCCUGUGUCUGGAAUGUUGUCUACAGCUUUAAACUCCUUGGGGUUUCCAUGGCAGACUUUGGUGAAACUCAAAGGACUUAUUCCAUCUGUGGCAGAUGUAAACCAGUUCAGAGAAAUCUACUGCUGGUAAACAUCUCGGUUUUAAAGGAUGAAAGGUGUCUCAUGUGUGGAGGAUGAGGACCAGGUUCUGUGGUAGUACACAUCCCUAGACACAGUUAAAAACAUCCCAGUCAAAGUAGCUGCAGAGCAAGAAUGCAUUUUUUUCCUGAGUAUAAGGAGAUUAAAUAUCAGUGAUUAGUGAUUAAAUAUCAAACUUUCUUAGGUAAUUUUGAGAAUUCUAACUGAAUUCAAAUUUAGCAAAUUGUUCACAAGCAUUCUUUUACAUAGCUGAUUCAACUGAAUAUAAAUGCCUUAUUUCAUACUAUUCAGAAUGGUGAAUUAAUCUCAAAACAACAUAACUAUUCUAAUAGAUUAUGCUGUGGAAUGUGCACGUAAUUCAUGGUAUGUCUUCUGAUCCACUCAAAGCUCAAAUAUUUAGAGUGGUGUAAGUGGGCUUUCAGUUCCUGUCUUAUCAGUAUUUCAGGAUUUGCUUCUUACUCUGAUGCAGUCUGUUCUAGAGUCAAGAGGUAGUUUUCUCUUAUCCUUAGAAAUUAAGAGUUGUUUUUAAUUUUUACCCUAUUUCAGUUUGUCUGUUGCCUAUCCUUUGUAUAUCUAUAGGAAACUAAUUUUGCUGUUACUUGGUACCAUAGUGCAUUAUUUGCAACAGCUGCAAUAUCAUAUAUAUGCAGCAUUACAGAGCUAUGUAGAAAAUUGGAUAGGGCCUGUGGAACUUGUCAACAUACCAGCAUCUGCAUUUUACAAUGCAUUCAAAUAAAUUAUAUUUGCCAUGGGUUUUUUUUUGUCU